AUGUUUGGCCUCAUCAACUUGCGACAUAUGGCCGGAAUGCCGUUUCUGAAAAUACCAAGAGUUGGCAGGAUGACAUUGCUUCGAACGCUGCAAAAAAUCAAAGUGGGAAAGGAACAAGGGUGCGAGUUGAAGCAACUCGGCGGCCUCAACCAGCUCCGUGGCAAACUGAGUAUCGCGGGCCUCGAAAACGUCGAGACCCAGCAGGAAGCUCUUGAAGCCAAGCUGGGCGACAAAGAAGGGCUCACAACAUUGCAACUGUCGUGGGGUCAUGAUCAUGAUGUGAGAGGAGAGUUGAAGAAACAGGAGGCUCACACAGAGGUGCUGGAGGGUCUCUGCCCGCCCAAGCAUCUCGAAUCACUGACCAUCUACUCUUACCAUGGCUUGAGAUACCCAAGUUGGAUGAUGGGUGAGCACGGCGGCGGCCCAAAGUAUGUGAAGGAACUCAGCCUCUUCCAUUGCAGCACAGAGCUUGGUGGGUUCUGGCCUCACCUCCGUUCGUUCUACAUGUACUGUUGCAGCUCGUCCACCAUGCCGGAUCACAUGGAGCACCUGACGUCGCUCAGGCGCCUGGACCUCGACUGGUGCCCGAACAUCCGGUCGCUUCCGACGCUGCCGCGGUCUCUUGACUACUUGAGUCUCACCUUCUGCCAUGAGAUGCUGAUGAGUGCGUGCAGAAGAGCUGGAGACCCCAACUGGGAAAAGUUUCAGCACGUUCCUUAUGUAUGUGUCAGCGACUUGGAGACGACAUAG